GGCGGUGAUUGCAGUUCCCUUUCUCCUGGAACUUCCCAUCAUAUCAUUUUGAUUCUGGGGAUCCUAGGAAGAGAUGCAGCAUGGUUUCUUCUGGCAGGCUCUUUGUUGGAGUCUUCCUUCCAGUGACAGCAAUGCUGUCUCUGGCUCAAGCAGGGCGACAUUUCCACCUGCUCCGCCAGUGGAUCCUAGAGCAGCGCGAGGAACGCCUGUUAAAAGAGGACAAUUUUCUCCACUUGAACCAGGGAGUGAGUCUUACCAAAUGGGACCACUUCAUGGAGAACUUCAUCCCUCAACCUCUGGACCACUUCAACAAGAAAAACCGGGCCACGUUCAACCAGCGAUACUGGGUUAAUACUGGAUUCUGGAGACCCAACGGCCCUGUCUUCCUCUUCAUCGGAGGCGAGGGCCGCUUAUCCGAAUAUGUGCUGCUAAGGGGGCAUCAUGUGAACCUGGCAGAGAAAUACGGUGCUCUUCUAUUAGCUUUAGAGCAUCGUUUCUAUGGUGGAAGCCUCAAACCUGAGAUGCUGGAGGACCGCAACCUGCAAUAUCUGAGCAGCCAGCAAGCUUUGUCCGACCUUGUUUCCUUCCACUGGUUCAUCACUGAAAAAUACAAGCUGACACGAAACAACACCUGGAUUUGCUUUGGAGGGUCCUAUCCUGGCUCCUUGGCAGCUUGGUUCCGACUCAAGUUUCCGCAUUUAGUCUUUGGUGCUGUCGCAUCUUCAGCCCCUGUCCGGGCCCAGCUGGAUUUCACAGGUUACCACAAGGUGGUUGCAGCAAGUCUUUCAAACCCAGUGAUCAAUGGCUCCAAAGAGUGCCUUGAUGCAGUCACCGAGGCCUUCUCUGCAGUGGAGGAGUUGGUGCGUUCUGGGCAGUUGGACAAGCUGGACAAAGACUUCCACUCCUGUUUGCCUCUGGGAGGACUCAAGGACAGCCUCAUGCUAAUCAACAACCUGGCCUCCAUGUUCAUGGCCAUUGUCCAGUACAACGGCGAAGGUGUGGAGUGGGCCAACGUGGGCACCAUUUGCGAGACCAUGACCAACCACAACGCUGGAUCUGCCUACCAGAGACUGGUGGAAACCAAUAAUAUGGUUGUGAACGGCAUUAAAAUCGCAUGCUUGGACAACUCAUAUGCAGCAUUCAUAGAGGAAAUGAGCAACCCCAAGUUCUUUUCGAUGGACAUGAUGGAGCGGCAGUGGAUCUACCAGACAUGCACAGAGUUUGGAUAUUUCCAGACCUGUGAGGACCCUGCCUGCCCCUUUUCCCACCUGGUGAACUUGAGGUUUCAGAUGGACGUCUGCAAGCAGGUCUUCAACAUCUCUGACCGCAAUGCCCAGGAAGCUGUGUCUUUCACCAAUGAAUACUAUGGGGCUGACCAUCCCAAAGCCAGCCGCGUCCUUUUUGUGAAUGGUGACAUCGAUCCUUGGCAUGUGUUGAGUGUCCUCAAGGACCAGUCCCUCUCUGAGUUGGCCAUUGUCAUCAAUGGCACUGCCCACUGUGCCAAUAUGGAUUCGCCUUUGCCCACAGACCCAUUGCCUCUGGUUGAAGCCAGAAAGAAAAUCACCUCUCAGGUCGGUGAAUGGCUGGAAUUGGCAAGAAAGACACAACAAAACAGCUAAGCAACCAAAUGGAGGGACAAAAGCUAUUUGCAGGAACUGAUCAUUGGCGAAAACCUGCCCAGACUCAACCUCAAUUAGAGGCUUGUCAGGAAAACCUAUUUGAUGACAGCAAUUCUACUUUUUUUACACUUCAGAACUCAUUUGCAUCAUAUUGGAACUGACUCUUUUAUUACUGUGAAACGUACUUUUACUUUUCUUUACACUUGGAAAUGCAUUCGUGUGACCUUGGAACUGACUUUUUUUUACUCUUAUUGACUGUGUUUUUGUUUUAAAAACUUUUUUUAAAAAAACAUUUGCAAAUAAAAUGAUUUUUAUAUAAUGGAUUCAGCAGGAUGAGCUCCCAUCUGUUAGCUCCAGCUUCUCAUGCAGGGACAUGAGAGAAGU